UAUUCAUGUCCGACUGCACAGCUUGACACGCAACUGACCUUUGUUAACACAAGCUAGCCAGCCCAUCAGCAGCAGCAGGCCGAACGGACUCAACUCGGCUCAACCACGCUCCCUGGGGUUGCAAUCGCGUUCUUGUCCGCGCCACAACACCUGGACAGGCACAAAGACGGUCAAAGGCCUGUUGAUACAGCCUUGCAAACACAUCGAGUGUAUCUCCCUCGACACUUCCCCUCGCCAACGCGUAUCCCAUCGCCAUGGAGACCUCGGCGGCUUCUCCCGCCAAAAGAAGAGCUCUAGCUCCAAUCGAUGCCAACUCCAAGUCGCCGUCCUGUGCCACUCGAGUCCCAGGCAAGCUGGCCUCGCCGCUCAAGCGUGCCCUUGUCUCUAGCGAGGGUUCCUCAGAAACGAGUUCUGGGCGUGAUAAGAAGGCGUGCUUGGAUAGCUCCCCCACGGCACCAUCGCGUGCCGGAAAUCACCAGAACGACCGGGUCUCCUCUGCUACGUGUACCCCGCAGCGGAUAGAAGGCGCCCGGGCGGCAGUUCCGGCACCGUCAGGCUCGAGGGCAUGCUCGCCGUCACCAGAACCCGCCGACUCGGCCGACUCGUCCAUGUUCUUCGACCAGUCGUCUCUGGAUAUCACCCAGGUCACCAACAUCACGGAACCUGACAACGACGCCAGGACAGAGGGUACCGGCAUGACGACAACACAUUCUGCUCUACUAUCAUCGCCGCCUCCGCCACGGAGGCGACGUGCCAUGACGCGAGAGGAGGCACGCGUGAAGGCGGAGAUGUUGCGUUUACGACUCGGCCUCGCGAGCUACAAGGUCAAGACGGGCCAGACGGAGGUGCCGCUCGAGCGGCUGCAGCGGAAGCCUUUUGCCAGUGCGCAAGGUGCACGCUCGUCCCGAGCCCGGUCGAACUCGAGCGCGGCGGCGAUCUCCAUGGCUCGGAACGCCAUGCGGAUGGCUGACACCAUGAGCACGUGCGUGCAGAGGACGGCGAUGGCUGCGGCUAAUAGAGAUGAUGGAGAGCAGGGAGCCGUGCCUACAGCAAGCCAAGAACAAAGAGACGCCGUGGCGAGGCCCUUAUCUUCGAGGAGUCAUGAUGGCGCUCGUACAAUUGAGACAAUAGCCUCGGAAUCAUAGGACUAAUGUUCUGCCGGUGUGGCAUGUCAUACAGCAGGGUGCGCAUUGGUGCAGACGGAAGUUGCGCGGCCAGGUCUUCUCUCGCCCCAUUGGGGGCGGUAGAGGUGCUGCAUUAUAGUUGCAUUUGUUUUCAGGUUUCUCGGCGCAUGCUCUCACAGGAAUUAUGAGGAAUAAAGGCGUCCUUUGAAUCGCAUCUUGAGUACUUUCAGUACGCAUGGAAUUCGCCGACGCUCGCGUACGUUUGCAUUCUCUCGGGUGGUGCAGCGGCCCAUCGCUGCUUCCUUGAUGUCUGAGCUGCGACAGCAAACUCGCUCCUGCUGUGUCAACCAUGAGGCCCGCCGCCUACCUCCAGGUACCUGAGAUUGGCAGACGAAACGACCCGAACAAACGGAGAGAACGACGAAUACUAUUCUUCGUGCUUUUCAGACGUUUCUGUACAACAC